AUGCUGAAAAACCCAGAUCUCGAGGAUUUACCGCGGAGGACAAAAUACAACCAGACGUUGUCCAUCUGGCUCCUAACGAUCAUGAUUGUAUGCACUAUCUUGGAUUUUUCUAUGAUUGUCUGGGAUCGAUUUCUUCGAGUUGACCUUCGCUCCGCUUCAACUUCAGACGAGCUACUCCCGUUCCAGAAUCCAUAUCUCAACCUCGAGAUCCUCUAUAAGAAUCCUGAUUUCAAGAGCUCUACCCACGAGCCAAUUAUCAACAAUGCACCACGCUAUAAGUCCGUGGAACAAAGUAGAGCUCCUAUAUACGAGCGACGGCUUAUCGUAACACAAGAAUUCGAAAGCAUCGCACAGUUUCGCGUGCUUGAUUUUGGCAUGGAAAACUGCAGCCUCUCACUCACUGUCCCUCCAAGAAACAGCACAGAAGAUUUGCUCUAUUCGGAUCUUGGCGACUCUGUAAUUCUUGAUGUCUGGUCUCUACCAGCUAGACAUAAGUUGGACCUAUACAAUCUGUCAUGGUCGAAACUUCCUCGACCGAGGGUACACAUUGGCUACAUGAAUGCGUCAUAUGGAAAUACAUAUCGUAUGCCAAGCUUUCAGUGCAAGUCGCAGUCAUACCAGACAUUUGCAGUCUCCUGCUCUAGCCCUGGUUGUCUUGUGAAUGUCACAGGCAAGGAUAUGGGGACCUUCAGGGCUAUACAUGUAUCAGAGUCAAACGAUUUAACUAGGCACGCAACUGAGCUGCGCAGGCAGAGACUUCGUUCACCAAGUCUGACGUGA